AUGCCUUCUGAUUGCUCGACAGAAUACGACGAAUACAAGAUAGGCAACAGGUUACAAGGCGCAGCUCUGUCGUCGUUAAUUAGUCCAGUCAUCAGCUACAUUUUCGAGACCCUUCCUGAACAGAGGAAGGCCGAGUCGGGCGCCGGCGUCGUCACCCAGGGCCUGUUGUUGCCAACAAUUCUGCAAAGUUUGAGCAGCACAACCCCUGAAACGGCGCUUCUCUCCCUGCGACGCCCCCUGCUCGCCACGCUGGUGCCCCUUAGAAGCCUGUCAGUUACGGCGAUGAAGGCCAGUGUUUAA